UCCAGCCUGUGCUCGGCGCCAGACCCGGCCCCGCCGUCCGGCUGCUCGCCCGCAGCGGCUCGUCACCUCCGGGGUCCCAGCCUCCACGGGCCGGGACCGCCGCCGCCGCCGCAGGACGGGGAGGCGGGCCAUGGCGUCCUGCGUGGGGAGUCGGACCCUGAGCAAAGAUGAUGUGAACUACAAGAUGCAUUUCCGGAUGAUCAACGAGCAGCAAGUGGAGGACAUCACCAUCGACUUCUUCUACCGGCCGCACACCAUCACCCUGCUCAGCUUCACCAUCGUCAGCCUCAUGUACUUCGCCUUCACCCGGGAUGACUCUGUCCCAGAGGACAACAUCUGGAGGGGGAUCCUCUCUGUCAUUUUCUUCUUCCUAAUCAUCAGUGUGUUAGCUUUUCCCAAUGGCCCAUUUACUCGACCUCAUCCGGCCUUAUGGAGAAUGGUUUUUGGACUCAGUGUGCUCUACUUCCUGUUCCUGGUGUUCCUCCUCUUCCUGAACUUCGAUCAGGUUAAAUCCCUGAUGUACUGGCUGGAUCCAAAUCUUCGAUAUGCCACAAGGGAAGCCGACGUCAUGGAGUAUGCUGUCAACUGCCACGUUAUCACCUGGGAGAGAAUUAUCAGCCAUUUUGAUAUAUUUGCGUUUGGACAUUUCUGGGGCUGGGCCAUGAAGGCCUUGUUGAUCCGUAGUUAUGGUCUCUGCUGGACAAUCAGUAUUACCUGGGAGCUAACCGAGCUGUUCUUCAUGCACCUGCUGCCCAAUUUCGCCGAGUGCUGGUGGGAUCAGGUCAUCCUGGACAUCCUGCUCUGCAACGGCGGCGGCAUCUGGCUGGGCAUGGUCGUCUGCCGCUUCCUAGAGAUGAGGACCUACCACUGGGCCAGCUUCAAAGACAUCCACACCACCACCGGGAAAAUUAAAAGAGCUGUGCUCCAGUUCACUCCUGCUAGCUGGACCUACGUUCGAUGGUUUGACCCCAAGUCGUCUUUUCAGAGAGUGGCUGGAAUAUACCUUUUCAUGAUCAUCUGGCAGCUAACUGAGUUGAAUACCUUCUUCUUGAAACAUAUCUUUGUGUUCCAAGCCAGUCAUCCAUUAAGUUGGUGUAGAAUUCUCUUUAUUGGUGGCAUCACGGCUCCCACAGUGAGGCAAUACUAUGCUUACCUCACCGACACACAGUGCAAACGCGUAGGAACACAGUGCUGGGUGUUUGGGGUCAUCGGUUUCCUGGAAGCUAUCGUGUGCAUAAAAUUUGGGCAAGAUCUCUUCUCUAAGACCCAGAUACUCUAUGUUGUGCUCUGGCUUCUUUGUGUGGCUUUUACCACCUUCCUGUGUCUCUAUGGCAUGGUUUGGUACGCUGAGCACUAUGGUCACCGAGAAAAGACGUACUCAGAGUGUGAAGAUGGCACCUACAGUCCAGACAUCUCCUGGUCUCAUGGGAAAGGCUCAAAAGGUUCUGAAGAUAGCCCACCGAAGCAUCCAGGCAACAACGAGAGCCACUCUUCCAGAAGAAGGAAUCGGCAUUCCAAGUCAAAAGUCACCAACGGAGUGGGAAAGAAAUGAAAAAUGCCUGGCUCGUCGCAGAUGUCCCAGAGAGUGCCUAGAACUGAGAGGGGAAACGGGAUGGUGUGGACCUCCCCGUGUGGAGGGCAAACACGCAGUGCCAUCGGGACGAGGAGAGGGGGCUCGGGGGUCAUUAUUUGAGAGCGUGAGUCUUGUUUCCCAUAGACCCGGCGACCCUGGGCAGCUCAUUGCCCGGGAUCCUUUGCCAAUUCGGGGUCUCUUCCAACUUCAGCACUUGCCAUGCGGUCACUGGGAGGCAUGCGGAGUGCUGGCGGGUGGGGGCUCCCUCCCCGCCGCCCAGGACAGCCCUGCGUUGGUGUGUCCUGUGGUCGCAGGGCCAGA